AGGAAUAAAAACAAUGUUAUAUCAUAAAUUAAUAACAUUAUCGAUUUCAUUUAUAGUACAAGUUGGGAAAUUGCAUAAUAAUGUCAUUCAUUCUUUGACGAGAAAGCCUAUUUCAUAUUUAAGUUUUAUGCAAUUAGCACAGUACAAAGACAACUCAAACUAUUUACAUACAGAAAAUGAUAAGAUUAAUAAAAUUUCUCUUGCACUUUCCAAAUAUUUAAAUGAGACGAAUCCAAUAUUUAGGGAUAAAGUUAUAAAAGAUUAUUUGUCAUUAAAUGUAAAUAAGAUCGAUCCAUAUUUAAUAAAUGAUAAUGUAAGCAAUGAGUUUACUACAUUGAUUAAAGAUGAUUUAUUAGAAAACAUGUGUUAUGUGAUUGAAUUAAAUCCUGGCUAUGGUUUAUUAACAAGAAGGUUGUUAGAAGCUGGUGUAUCAUUUAUACAUUUGUAUGAAAAUCAUAAUGAAUUUUAUCAUGGACUACAAAGUUUAAAAACAAUCUUUCCUAAUCGAGUUAACAUAACACAAGCAAAUCUUCUUAAGAUGCCCAAAAUGUUAAAUUUAAAUAGGACAUUUAAUAUAUCUAAGAUAUCUAAUAUACACUUAUGUGAACUAUAUAAUAAUGUACCAAAAAGAAAAUGGGAAGAGAAAAGUUGUAUGCAAGUAAUUGGAACAGUAACUAGAUCUGUAUUUAUAAGACAUUUAAUAAUAAGUGUAAUAUUUCAAACAGGCUUCAUGAUGCAUGGAAGAACAAUUUUUUAUCUUGCAUUACCACCAUCUCUAUGGAAUAAAUUGACAUGCCUUCGUAACAAAAAUUUAACUUUAUAUACUAUGUUUAACAUACUAUUUAAUUCUACAAUGUUUGGAACAUUAGAUAGACAAGGAUUUCUACCAUGGCAACGUACCAAAAAAUUAAAGACUAGAAAGCUUAUAUUUUUGGAAGAUGAUGAACUACUUUAUGUUGUUAAAUUAGAACCAAAAUCUAAUCUUUUAUCAUUAUUUGGUGGAAGGGAAAACCUGAUAUAUUUUUGGCAUUUUGUUCGACAUUGUACAUAUUCGCCAUCAUUGAAGAUAAUACCAACGCUGGAGAAAAUAAUACCAGGUUUUGGUGUAAGAUUAAUAGACAAAAAUUAUAAUAUAUUUACUCAGUUUAAGGAAUUGAAUAUUAAUCAAAUCAUUGAUCUUUAUAUGGAGUUUAAAUCUUGUCCAGGAUUUGGUGAAAGUUCCUUUUUAUCAAGUGGAAAUGAUAUUAGAAAAACAUAUGAUCCAUAUAUGGAAACAGAAUGAAGUUAAUCAGUU